GGCCCCAUUGAUUUUGAGAAGGAAGUAAAGUAUGAGAUGGUUAUUGAGGGAAAGGAUGGCUCUGGUCUUUCUUCAGACAUUAAAGUAAUUAUAGAAAUUACAGAUGUUAAUGACAAUGCCCCCAUUAUAGUGAUUAAGUCUUUAAAUAUUCCCGUUCCCGAGAACGCGUUCCCCGGUACAGAGGUCGGCAUCAUUAAUGUUCAGGACAGAGACUCGGAGAAUAACGGACAGGUGCGCUGCUCCAUUCAGCAAAACGUUCCGUUUAAACUCGUUCCUUCGAUCAAGAAUUACUAUUCUCUGGUGACCACAGGUGAAUUAGACCGAGAGCUGCUCUCUGAUUAUAAUAUUACAAUUACUGCUACUGAUGAGGGCUCUCCGCCUUUAUCUUCCUCUAAGAAUAUUCACCUGACUGUAGCUGACGUGAAUGAUAAUCCACCUGUAUUUCAGGAGCAGAGUUACAGAGCUCACGUACAAGAAAAUAAUAAAGCGGGCUCCUCUAUUUGUUCAGUAUCAGCUACAGACCCGGACUGGAGACAGAAUGGCACUGUAGUUUAUUCUCUCUUGUCUUCUGAUGUUAACGGCGCGCCGGUGUCCUCCUUUCUGUCCGUUAACGGAGACACCGGGGUCGUUCACGCCGUGAGGUCGUUUGAUUACGAACAGAUGAAAAGUUUGAAAGUGCUGGUGUUAGCCAGAGACAACGGCUCUCCUCCUCUGAGCAGUAACGUGACCGUGAGCGUCUUCAUAACGGAUGAGAACGACAACUCUCCUCAGAUAUUAUACCCCUCUCCGGAAGGAAACUCCUUCAUGACCGAGAUGGUGCCCAAAGCUGCUCAGGCGCGCUCCCUGGUCUCCAAGGUGAUCGCCGUGGACGCGGAUUUCGGUCAGAACGCGUGGCUCUCGUAUCACAUUAUUAAAGCCACAGAUCCGGGACUUUUCACUAUCGGUGUCCACAGCGGAGAGAUCAGGACGCAGCGGGACAUUUCUGAAUCUGACAGCAUGAAACAGAACCUGAUUGUGUCCGUGAGAGAUAACGGACAGCCCUCUCUCUCAGCCACGUGCUCGUUGUAUUUACUGAUAUCAGAUAACUUGGCUGAAGUUCCGGAACUGAAAGACAUGUCUCGAGACGAGAGCGGCUCCAAACUGACGUUUUAUUUGAUCGUCGCGCUGGUGUCCGUUUCCACUUUCUUCCUGACCUUCAUUAUCAUCAUCCUCGCCGUGAGGUUUUGUCGCAGGAGAAAGCCCAGACUGUUGUUUGAUGGAGCUGUAGCCAUUCCCAGCGCGUAUCUUCCUCCAAAUUACGCAGAGGUGGAGGGCGCGGGAACUCUCCGCAGCGCGUACAAUUAUGACGCGUACCUGACCACGGGCUCGCGCACCAGUGACUUCAAGUUCAUCAGAUCUUAUAAUGAAGAAACACUGACCUCUGACCUGACUCUGAAAAAGACUCAGUCUGCUGUGGAUGAUCUUGAAGGACUAGAUGGAGUUGAACGAUUCCUUUCAGGUUAA